AUGCCAAUCUCAGCGAUGAAGACUUCGAAGUCUUUGAGCAGGGCUCUUCCGAGCACAGUUUUCCACCAGAUGUCAUUACAGGACUGCUCAUCGGAAGUGGCCAAGCGCUUCGUCCUUGAGCAUAUUCGAGCUGGGGGUGAGGGAAACCAGCGAAGCGACACUCCCGAGAGUCUGCAACAUAUGGAAGGCCUUGAUGAUGCCAUCCAAGCUCUGGGCGGACGCCUGACCGAUCUCGAGUUCCUAGCUCGAAUGAUCAAAACCGGAUCAACGCCAAAGGGUGCCGUCCAACGAAUAAUCAAUGAUGCUUCUGCUGAGAUUUUAAAAACGUUUAUCCUCGAUCUCCCCGCCACUGAGAACUCGCCAUGGUCGGCAGAACAGGCUUGGUAUCUCAUUUCGAAAUUUGGAAAGAGCGAUUCAGAAACGCUGCGAUACAAUGCCAUCUUGCUCCAUCCCCUAUUCAAAAGCGGUGGCGAGGCCGUGGUCCAGGCCCUCCAGCAUGCCGAGCUUAUAUCCGUUUGCACUAUUGACGGCUCUCCGUCAUCAAUCAAACCGGGAAGACCAGUAUACCGUGCGGCCUUUAAACAACUUACCGACAAUAAGGCCUUGAGAAGUCGAGAAGGAAUUACAGGUACUUGGGUCCUUCCCAAAGCAACCGGGUGA